GAGUAAAAUGGUGCAUAAACAUGCAACCUUAUCGCUCUCACCUGCAAAAGCGGCAACAUCAAAGGCAGCUUUCACUUGAUAUCGUCAACAAAGUUGUUGUUCAGUGUUGCUGGUAGCUCAGAUAGUCACGCGAAUUAUGCAUGUCUUAUUUUUGUCAAGUCUCAUCUUUCUAACCCGAGGUCAUGCAUUGGUUGAAGCUUCAACUCAAAGGUGGGCAUUCAAAAAUGAGUCUAUCUUUUUGUCGAGAGUCGAGGGUCGAGGGUUCCAUGUUUCUAUCUUUUUGUCGAGGGUCGAGGGUCGAGGCUUCCAUGUCGAGGGCGAGGGUACCAAGUCGAGGGUCGAGGGUAACAUUUUUUUUUCCAAAUUCUUAAUAAUCGAUGCAAUCAAUGUCAUUAAAACAAAUAAGAAGAAUUUAAAAAACAAAUGGCACGUGAACAUCUUCUAGUUGUUGGGUGGAGGGGGGAGGGGGUGGAAUAGAGAAAAGCUCCGGGACAUCCCAAUUUGUUUUCGAAGAAUUACAUUUAUAACAAUAAAAGGGGGUGGUAGGCCUACACGACUUUUUCCUCAUGCCAAAAUGCUGCUUAUUACAAUAGAGUUGUUUUUAUCUGCUAUGUAGAUUAUGCUCUGGAAGGUUCUGCAUUUUUACUGAGCAAAUGUGAUUUUAGCCGCAUGUUUCACACUGAGAGGUCAUGACAUAUAUAUCGAUUGACUGUAGUUAUUGUUUUCUGGUCGGCAGGAUUUGCCCUCUGAUGCAAGCGCAAUUUCUUUGACCUCUUUUGAAGCGUAAAGCUUUUUUAUUACGGCUGAAUAAGGGUUCCAAUUUUCUCCAAAGUGCCUUCUGGAUCUGAAUAACUAAGCGAUUUUCUUUAGUUCGUGAGUUGGGUACCCCUGCUUAGCGGCUUAUAUUUCAGUCACGUCUGCCUCUUCUCUGCCUUGCUUGGCUGUUCAGUGGGGUAGUUUGAAUAUGGAUAUUUCACCAAUUCUUGUUUUUAAGCCAUCCCACUGUAUGCGACCGAAUUGUCGUGCUUUCAAUGAAGUAGAAACUCGCCAUGAAAUUUUAAAAUACAAGUCAUCGAUAAUCACCGACACCGGAAAUCGUGACCUAGGUACGUAGGUGCGUAGCUAGAGUGAUGGAUGAUGCUAUAAACUCCUUUAAUUACCAACGUUAUGUUCUGCAGCUUAAAAAGUGUAUCACUGCAGAAAUUUGAAACACCCUGAAACACAAAAGGAACGUAAAACCAACACUUAUCGGCGCAGUUGGUGGCGGCACUGGGACAAUAGGAAGUCAUGUGGCGAAACUAAUUUUGUGCACAUCUUUAUCCCUAGUGUGCAUUUCAAACAGAAAUCAGAGGUGUCUGCGCAAAGACUUUCUUCACAACGGCUUCAGCGAUUAUUUCCUAUUUUGCACGAAAAGGGGAGCUUUUAUUCACGAACAGCGAUCAGAUCGAAGCAGACCGAUUAUGCGAACUUUCAAAAAAAGAAGAAAAGAGUGUACACUAUAUGAAUAUUUAAAGAAAAAAAAAUUCCGUAAAAGACAGACUUGGAAUAUACUAUCCAGUUUCUUGCAUGAUGUUAAAAGUAGUAAAUUUACAUCAGAAACCACGGAAAAAUAGAUCACAGAAAAAGCUUGAAUUGAAAUACCAGGGAAAAUAUCCUCAAAACAUAACCAAAAAUCACUCCACAAACCCAAUGCCAUUUUUUCUUGCCCGACCGAUCGGAAAAUUGUACAGGAAUGGCCUUGUGAGACAUUGUAACAUUUCAAACAGUUAAACAGAAUUUGCAACACAGUCGAUUUUUUUUUCGGGAAAAAAAAACUUGUGUCCAACUUGGCAAAACAACAGAUCUUUAGUAGAAAUGUGUCAAAUGUAAAACAAUUAAUUGGAUCAAUGGGAGACAUGGACCGUACGUCUGUUUUUUUUCCUAUUCACGUCCACCACGUCCAUGUUCACAAAUAUAUAUGACCAGGAGCCCAUCAUUUGAUGGGCUCCUGAUAUGACCGAUUGUGGCCUAGAAAGAUAUAUUGUAUUUUAAUGGGAAAGCGUCGGCAAAUGCCGAUGUUCACUUCACCGAAAGUCGCUACCAGGCAUUAUUCUAUUUUAAACCUCUGUGUUAGUGGGUGGCGAUUUCCAUGCGAGCUGCAAAAAGAAAGACUCCAACGAUUGCAUUGUUCGUUUAUGACACAUAUUAUGACACAUUUUACAACGCAAUAACAGUUUUUUCCUUCCAUUCUUGUUGGUUGGACCAGAAAUUCAUAAUUCAACGCACUCAUUCUUGUUUUACGACACUUUAAAUUUUGUUUACAACAUUUUUUUUAAAAAUCAGUGUUUUCAAGUAACGUGUUCUGUUCUGUUCUGUUCGAAAACAAAUUGGGAUGUCCCGGAGCUUUUCUCUAUUCCACCCCCCCAUAACCCCCCCCCCCCCCCUCCACCGAACAACUAGAAGAUGUUUACGCGCCAUUUGUUUUUUAAAUUCUUCUUAUUUGUUUUAAUGACAUUGAUUGCAUCGAUUAUUACCUUGUCCAAAAAAAAAAAUUUGGAAAAAAAAAUGUUACCCUCGACCCUCGACUUGGUACCCUCGCCCUCGACAUGGAACCCUCGACCCUCGACCCUCGACAAAAAGAUAGACUCUUCAAAAAUCAACGCGAACAGUACAAACAAAACAAAGUGCCAUCUGAUUAUGUAUUAGGUUUAUUUUAAUGUUGUUGUCAAAACGAAAGAUCUCGAAAAGCGGAAAACCAUUCUUAAAUGGUUUAAAAAUCACUGCAAGAGCUAGGAAAUGAGCUGAAGAGAUUUUAUUACAGGGAACAUGUCUCGCUUGUUCUUAGCUUGAGUUUGAACAGAUAUUAUGCAGAUGGAACUCUUUCAUGGGUUUCUCAUAAAAAUAUCACCACACUUUAUUGCUUCGUUUGUUAACCAGCUAAUAGAAACGACCAAUUUGUAAAAAAAUCUCCACAUAUCCUUCUUUUGUGCUACAGAUUUUGUGAUUGUUAAAUCAGUGUGAUAAUUUGUUCCUCGCGGAAUCUGCUUCUCUAAGAUGGCGUGACCUUCAUUUAAAUUCACAGCACGCCACUUAGUUUUCGAUUAGUUGUAAUUAACAUGGUGGUCAUCCGGGAUCUCGUUUUUUUAACAUCGCUCCGUAAUUCAAAAACUAUUUUAAAAUUUUGGUUUAACUUAAACAUCUUGGAACACUGAAUAUUUGGCGUUCGACAGUCAAGGUAUUAUACCAACUUCAUUACUCCGGCGUCCUCCAUGCCAAAUUUAGCUUAUAGUUUGCUUAGAUUUUCUUCAAUAGGAGAACGUAUAAGACUUAUUUUGACGUCUAUUUUAGUAAUGAAAGAGACGACUGUGACUGUGCAAAUAGAUGUAUGCAUGAAGGCAUUUCAUUCAAAGUUUUUGAUCAGGAAACACAGGGUCUUCUGUUCGCUAGCCUGCGAGCAGUUGCGGCUAGUGCAAACUGCUCGCGAAACCUUCUCUGGUUCUUGGUUUACAAUGUGUGUUUCAAACCGGCCCCAGCCGGUACCCGAGAUAUUCCAGCAAAUUACGCAAACUGUAAGAUAUACAGACAACCAACUUUCAAACAAAUUACAAAGAUUGUUAAAAUUUAGUUUUAAAAAAAUAUCCAUCAUCACAUCUACUCGAAACUAUAAGUCUUGAGGCCGUACAAAAUAGACCCUAGAGUUGAUAAAAGAAUGUACCCCUUAUUCCAUCAUACUCAACGAAGUGUACUUUAUGCAAAUGGCUCACAAACAUGUGACAAGCUGCGAUAUUUAAUCUCUUCUCCUUUUUUUGGCAGUACCGACAGCAAGAAACAAGUCAUUGUUGUAUCACUUCCUGGUGAAAGCGAUGUCCAGUACCUCGAUAACUUGCAGUUUAUUGCCGACUUUGUUAUCGAAAUGGAUGGUAAGACCAAAGGUAGAGAUUAUUUGUUUAUCAUCCACGAUGAGUCAGGCGUCAAGUACCUAAAAAACCACAAAUUCACCAACGCCCGUCUUAUUCAAGCGAAACAGUCCUUAGAUAUGUGGAUGAGGGAUUUCCCCCCCACCAUGCCAAAACAGCAGGUUAAAUUUAAGUACAGACCACAGUAUAUUUCAUCCGAGCAGGCAAAAUUUGACGAGGGAAAUUUCGAGAAAUUUGCCAGAGUUGUUGGGUUACCUCAGCUCAGGCGUAACGAUCUGGUUCUGGAAGGAGGAAACAUUGUGGACAAUGGCGUUGAUAUAGCCAUCACCACUGCCAGGACUUAUGAUGACAAUCCUACAAUGUCUCACCAGGAAUUCGUCAACAAGCUGGAAACCGCUAUACACAGAAAAGUAGCAGUCCUUCCAGACCCAGAGGAUACUACAGGACACGCCGAUGGAGUCGUGACAUUCGUCGAAAAUAAUACGCUUUUGAUUUCAUUAUUUGAUGACGCUGAUGGACCAAGCUUUUACGACGCCAUGGUGACUGCUGUUCUUGACGUCUUCCCAAACCUCACAGUAGUUCCUUUGCCGUGCUAUGCCAAGAAGGGGAAAACACAAGAAUUUGUCUCUGCCGAAGGUUCCUAUGCAAACUCCUUGGUGACAAACAACGCUGUUUAUCUGCCCUUCUUUGCAAAUCAGACCAGCAAUGACAGAGCCUUUGCGGCCUUCAAGAACAACACUAACAAAGAUAUCAUCCCUGUGUACAAUGCUGGCAAAAUACCCGUGCUUGGGGGAAGUCUUCGUUGUAUGACAUGGCAGAUUGACCAAGAACAUCCUGUUGCCAAGGCCUUGUUUGCUUAUGUCGAUAGAAGUCCCAGUAGUGGCUCCUCUGUCGACGUAGCUGUAAAAGUUUGUUUCUUACCAGUAGCAUUGGCUUUAGCUUUUCGCUACUGA